UCUGAGGAUUGAAGAGGUAGAGAUUAAUCUGCUGGUUUGAGGAUUGAAGAGGUAGAGGUCGCUGAAGUGCUGAGAAGCAUCAAUCGCAUUGCUGUCAUGGAGGAGGUUGGCGAAGUAACUGUGACUGCGACAAACGAAGGAGGGCCAAGUGAAGAAGUGAAGAAUGGCUACAUGUUGUUUAGACGAGAAUUUCUUAAGGGUGGGGAGAAGUUUAAGAAUAUGUCUGAACAAGUGAAAAAGGCAUCAAAGGCAUGGAAGCAGUUGACACCAGAGGAGCAGAAGAAAUACAGUGAUAGGGUGAAGCAAUCAAGAAAGGAAGGGAUGAAGAAGAAGAGGAAGAAAAAAGUGGCUUUUAGCACUCGUUGCUCGGUUCGGCAAUUUAAGUCAUUAGUGGACUUCAUAAAAGAUGAUGAAGAUUUGAAAGUGAGGGUACAAAAUUUAGGCUUUGGCCAUUUACUUGACAUUGGAUGUGAGAGACUCCCUCGUGACCUCAUAGUAUGUGUUCUCCGAGCAUAUGAUCCGCCUACCCAUCAAUUUCUAAUAAGAGGGAUAAUAAAGGAAAUAGAAGCAAAUGAUGUUGCAAACUUGUUGGGUGUACCCCACACAGGGGAGAAGGUAAAAAUGGACGUAUGUGAUGAUGAUGAGACAUACCAGAGGUUGAAGGAGGAAUUUGGUAAAGUCCCUUAUACGAAGAUACUCAAUGACAUUAAAUCUGGGCAGAAGAAAGAUGAGUUUGAGUUCUUGUUUAUGCUGUACACACUUGGGAGUUUUUUAACUCUUACUUCACAAACAACUGUGAGUGACAAGCUAAUAAGAGUCAUGUGCUGUACCAUGAAGGGAUUUCACCAAUUUGAUUGGGCCACGUACAUUGUGAAGCACUUGUGGAAAGAGAUGGGAGAUUAUGUGAAAGUGUACACAAAAGCAAAGAAAGACGAAGAUGAAGAUGAAGGAAGCUGCAAUGUGGGAGGAUGCAUCUACCUCCUGUUGUUAUAUUUUGCUGAGCACUUCCCACUAUCCAAAACUGUUGAGAGAGGGUCCCUAAAUGCCAUUCAAUUCUGGACUGAUGAGAGGAUAAGGAAGCUGGAAAAGAAGGAGAGGGAAAGCAAGAGGGGUUUACUGUAUAAGGGCAAGGGAAGUAUGGAUAGAAGUGGGAAGGAUGAAGGAAAACGCAGAAGUGUGGGUCAUUUACACCCGGAGUUACAGAAGUUGCACGGACGAUUGAUGGCUCAGAUCGAAUUAAGCACUAGGAGGCUUAUAAAUGAUGAUAAGGGAGAUGAUGAUGCAUUUGGCGAUGAGGACCCCCAUGAUCAUGAUGGACAUGAGUCUGAUCACGAAGGUGAUGAUAGAGAUGAGUUCCACGGGGGAGAUGAUCAGGGAGACGAUGAUGCAACUGGCUCAGAUAGGGGUGAUGACAUCGGUGUUGCAGCAGAAGGUGCAGACAAAGAAAUUAUGGAGUCUCCCCUGCCCUUUUCCCCCAUGGACAAGGGAUGUCAACUCCGGAGGUCGCAAAGGGAGAUGAAAUCCGCUAUCAAUUCUCCAUGGAUUUUGACAAAGCCAAUUAAGAGGCGAAAGAGGCCCAUGGAUGACAAGGACCGGUUUUAUGACAUAGUUUCCCGUAUGUGUUCAAGCAAGGAGGGUGACAUGCCUUUGGUGAAAAUCUCUGAUGAAGAUAUCACUCGGGAUCAGCUAAGGACACUUGGUGGAAUUGAGAAAAUAGGUAACCGGCUGAUGUCAACUGUGUGCAAGACUCUAAUGGCUGAUAUGGAGAAGGAAGGGCAGGUGAAGCGGCACAUUUUUUAUGCUGACUUUAUGGCAAUAAUGGCAGCUAACCCAAAGCUGUGGGAUGCUACAAAACGGAAGAAACAAUUUUUACCUGAAAAUGUAGGCUACAACAUAGGAGAAUGUGAUUUGAUCUUUGGACCCACACUUGUUGGCGCUCACUGGUUCUGUGUUGUGCUUGAGCCUAGCACAAUGAAUUUCUAUGUGCUGGACUCAAUGAAGCCAAAUUUAGAGGGUAAGAAGAAGAGCAAGAAGAAGGGUGUAAUUAUUGAUGACAUGACGACCGUGGUCACUGAAUGUAGGAAUAGAUUUUAUGACAUUAUUGAGAUAGUUAAGCCUAAUGCCACUGGGAAGAAGAAAAUGAGUGAUAUCAUUUGGGCUCCUGUUCCGCAACAAAACAAUCUGCGAGACUGCGGCGUUCAUGUAUUAAUAUGGUUGAGUAAAUGGAAGCCCGGUGAGAUACUUCACUAUACGGAUGAACAAGUGGCUGAAUUCCGACGAAACCUCAUGUGGUGGCUAGUGAAUCAUGAGCUUAAUUCAAGACGUGAUGAAGCAUUAAGCUUGCUUUCAUCAACCCAAGCCACCACACUGACCAAAAGACGGCAUCUGUGA